UCGCUCCUAACGAAGAAGACAUCAGAGCUGCUUGUGGAUAAUCGCCCAUACAGCAUUUAACCUGUUUUAAAGGUUAAUUUAAGCGAUUUAACAUAUGCUUUGUGGGUAGUUAGUCGUUACGGUUUUUUUAGAUUUAGAGCACUUGUAAAAAUGGCCGCAAAUCCGCCUGGACCAGACAAAAACCGGGCUGCUAUUCUUGCUGAACUGAACAAGGAGAAGAGACGCUUGUUACAGAGUCAGUCCAUGAAUAGCCCUGGAGCCAGCAUUCCUCUUUCUAGACCAGCAGUAAAUAAAGAGUUUAGGGACCAGGCUGAACAGCAGCAUAUUGCUGCACAACAAAAGGCAGCUUUGCAGCAUGCACACGCACACUCAUCCGGAUUCUUCAUCACUCAGGAUUCCUCCUUCGGUAAUCUCAUAUUACCUGUGUUACCGAGGCUUGAACCGGAGUAAAUGAACACGCACCACUUUAUUCAUUCAGUGUUUGCAUUAACUUCAGUCUUGUUUUUUGUAUGUCUAGAUUGUUAUCGCAAGUCAAUAUUUUUUUAUGAUUAAACAUAAAAUUUAGAGAAAUAA